GAGCCGGCCUUCCCUGCCCAGGGCCUCUUCCGGGUUCUGGUGGAGCCUUCAGAGUGAUGCUGCUGCAGGGAGUCAAGGUGGACAUGAGAUCCGUCAUCCUCCUCGUCGUCCUGGGCUGCCUGCUGCCAUGGGAGGCCCAGCCGCACAGACCGGGCUCUGCUGCCCACAGCUGCUUCUGCCAGGUUGCCGGCUACCUGGACGAUUGCACGUGCGAUGUGGAGACCAUAGACCAGUUCAAUAACCAGAAGCUGUUUCCCAAAUUGCAAAAACUACUGGAAACCGACUAUUUCCGAUACUACAAGGCGAAUCUGAAGAAGCCGUGUCCGUUCUGGAAGGAUAACAGCCAUUGUGGGAUCAGAGACUGCGCGGUGCAACCUUGUCCUACGGAUGCGGUUCCACCCGGCAUAAAAUCUCCAGGAUUUAAGUAUACAGAAACUGCUAACAUGGGCAAUGGAGAACUGGAGUGUGAGAAGGAGAAGAGACUGGGGGCCGUGGAUGAAUCCUUGAGUGAAGCGGCCCAGGAGGCGUUCUUUCAGUGGAAUCAACACGACGACUCCGCAGAUGAUAACUUCUGUGAGCACGAUGAUGAGGAGUCGCCUGAUGCGGAAUAUGUCGACUUGCUGAUUAAUCCUGAACGUUACACCGGUUACAAGGGAGCCGACGCCUGGAAGAUCUGGAACAGUAUCUACGAGGAAAACUGUUUCAAGCCCAAAGCAGUGAAACGGCCCUUGAAUCCUCUGGCGUCUGGACGAGGUGAAAAUGACGAGGUCCUGUUCUACAGCUGGUUGGAAGGCCUGUGUGUGGAGAAGAGGGCUUUCUACAGACUCAUCUCAGGACUUCAUGCCAGCAUCAAUAUUCAUCUCAGUGCAAGAUAUCUGCUGCAAGACACGUGGAUGAAUAAAAUCUGGGGCCACAAUAUCACAGAAUUCCAGACCCGCUUUGAUGCCGUUCACACCCAGAACGAAGGCCCGAGGCGACUGAAGAACUUGUACUUUAUUUAUCUCAUUGAGCUUCGAGCCAUUUCCAAGGUGCUGCCCUUCUUCGAGCGCCAGUCUUAUCUGCUGUACACAGGAAACAAAACGCUAGACCUGCAAACCAAGGAACUCCUGCUCGACAUUCUCCGCGAAGCCAAGGAUUUUCCUCUGCACUUCGAUGAAAACUCCCUUUUUGCUGGGGAUAAAAAACAAGCCGACAGAUUGAAGGAGGAAUUCCGGCAGCACUUCCGUAACAUCUCUAGGAUAAUGGACUGCGUCGGCUGCUUUAAGUGUCGGCUUUGGGGGAAGCUGCAGACUGAGGGGUUGGGCACAGCGCUGAAAAUCCUUUUCUCAGAAAAGCAAAUCCAGAGAAUGCCGGAGAUCGGCCCUUCGUACGGAUUCCACUUAAAGCGUCAGGAAAUUGUGGCUCUUCUCAAUGCUUUCGGAAGAAUUUCUACAAGUAUAAAAGAAUUGGAAAACUUCAAAAGACUUCUGCAGAACGUGUGAUGAGAAGGAAGGGGAAUCUGGGAGGACAGACGUUUGCACUAUCGAGGCCCCGACAUGUUUGACAAUAACUCUUGGUCAAAGUCUGAGAAUCUUACAUUCUCACUGUGAAAACUGGUCCUUGAAGGACCUUCCUGUGUAUAUUGUAAAAAAAAAAAACGCUUCCGAUUUUCUAUUUAGUGUGACUUUUAGCUGCACUUCCACUGAAUCUCCUGAUAAAGCGCUGAUUGCCUUUUUCACGUUAGGAUAGGUUUUUCUAUCCUAAAAAGUUGCGCCCAAUAUACCUCAUCCCUUUCUGUCCACUAUCCAGUCUUUAAAGGAGUUGUCCGAGCUAUGUAAAAACUAGGGCAACCCCUGUAAAUGGCCUAAAAUGACAAAUGAUCGGAUACUCGCCUGUUUCUUCGAGCGCUGUGCGCCGGUCCUCCCGCUUCUGAUGUCAUCCCCUUGGCUGCAGCAGUGACGUUCCGUGCACAAGUCACCACUGCAGACAAUUGCUGGAUCCAGCCGUGCAUGGACUGAGGCCAGUGAUUGGCUGCAGCAGUGACAUUCCGUGCACAAGUCACCACUGCAGACAAUUGCUGGAUCCAGUCGUGCAUGGGCUGAGGCCAGUGAUUGGCUGCAGCAGUGACAUUCCGUGCACAAGUCACCACUGCAGACAAUUGCUGGAUCCAGCCGUGCAUGGGCUGAGGCCAGUGAUUGGCUGCAGCAGUGACUUGUGCACUGAAUGUCGCUGCUGCAGCCAAGAGGAUGACAUUCGCAGCGGUGAGGACCACAGCACAAAGAGAUGCAGAGGAGGAAACAGACGAGUAUCCAUUCUUUUAUUUUAGGCAGUUUGGGUUACCUUAGUCUUUAUAUAAUCCGGACUAAUCCUUUGUCUUGUCUGCACCCUAUAUAUCCUGUAGUUUCCAACCCUGAUAUUAUUGAUCGUACAUUAACCAACAUUGGUUACAAAUGCUACUGCUUAGGUAUAAAAUUAACCCCAGAGCGCUGGCCUAUAGCAAACGACAUGGUUCGUGCAGCCUACUGGUAUGACGCAGAGCAGCCCUAUUGAAUGUUUGGUUUUUUGCUUUGUUACAAAGACAUAACUUGAUUUUUUAUUUUCUGUACAUUUGUUCUCCCUGUGGAGGUUUUGGGGAGAGAUUGAAGGUGUUGUACAUACUACUGGUACUCAGGGACCACUAACCGUUCACAUUCUUAUUGUACUCCAGUUUCUGUGCAGUUAAAACAAAAAAAAAAAUUGCAUGAUUUUUGCAAUGUUUUACUUGGAAUUAGAUCGGUGUGUGGUAAUGCCUCCAUCUAGUGGUAAACCUGUGAUACUGCAUUCCUGCUGUUCUCGCGUGCAGUGCCAUGGAUUCACCACCAGAUGGCAGGGGCACUUCAGAACAAAGUUCACAAAUGCUUAAUUACCUAUUAGUGUCUGCAUGUAACUUUCUUUUUCCUUUUUUUAUUUUUAACUUUUUUUUUUCUUGUCCAUUCCAAUGUCCUCCUUCAGAGCUGUGUCUUAAGAUCUCUGAACGUAGUAUUUGUAGUUCGUGCCAUUUGAUUGCUGUCGGACUUGAAUUUUUUGCAGCUAAUACAGAAUGCCUCUUAAGAAUGAGAACAGGGAAGCUUUGUCUAACAUACAAAGCAGAUCACAUGCAGUCAUUUUGUACUCUUUUCACUAUAGAUGUAGCAGAGCCGAGUUUGCCCUGAUUUGCAUAGGGCUGCAGCUAAACUGUUGCAUUCUCUAGAGACCUUCAGGGCCGUGAACCUAAAAAGCAGCCCCCAGAGACCUUUUCAACCCUGCUACAUUUUGUAGAUUUCAGAGCUGAUUCUAUAUAGGAAGCUUGUGUCCCACUUUCAAGCAGCUGUCAUUCCCAUAGCUUCAGGCUGAGAUCAUCAUAUUUGACCACCAUGCUUUAUACCGCGGGUGGAAUUUAUUAAAGGAUCCACGUCAGUUUUCUGCCACAGAAAAAUUCCAAAAAUGUGUGACUUCUCCCAUUUUGUGCAAUGCUUACUACUUUACCUGGGCCACCAGAUUGACAUUUGCUAGUUUUAUGAUGCAAGCUGCUUUCUAUCCUGCGUAGAUUUCAGAUUCUGGUGCAUGGGCCUGCUGAGGUGCACCAAAAUGAUUUAGCGGCGUGCAUCUUUUGAUAAAUUCCUCCUUUGUAAUUCAUAACUGUAUGAUCCCAAACCAGCCUUUUUCCCUAUACCAGUGGUCUCCAGCUGUUUUAAAACUACAACUCCCAGCAGUUAACUAUUGAUUUAGAUCUGAGUGGAGUAGAGCAUUAAUGAGCAGUUUCCUUUAAAGGGUCCUUACCUUGACACAUUGCAUGGCUUCCUAAAAACAUGGAUUUUAGACUAGGCAUCCUCAAACUGCGGCCCUCCAGCUGUUGCAAAACUACAACUCCCAGCAUGCCUGAACAGCCUACGGGUAUCUGCCUACAGCAGGGCAUUGUGGGAGUUGUAGUUUUACAACAGCUGGAGGGCCGCAGUUUGAGGAUGCCCGUUUUAGACCCUCAUACCGGAACAGUUCCCUUCUUGAACGCGGUCUCAUGCCCUCAGAAUAUUAUAAGAACCCACGGCCGAAGGACUGUCUAUUCUAAUUAUACAGCCAUAUACGACAGUCCAGGCUCCAUGAUGCCUCAGCGUGGCGCAGAGCAUCUGCUAUCCCAGGUACCGCAACCACCUCAUGUCACCGCGUUCUGUCUCUAGAUUGCAAGCUCCUGUAAUCAGAACAGUCGGCACCAUUUUGUACUUGUAUGUUAUGUUUGUGUAUUUAUUAACCCCUUCCUCUCCAGCUGUACAGAACUUUUUGCGAUGUUGGCACAUUGUAAUAAAUUUUAUGUCUGUAACAUUAA